AUGGCUAGUGAGGCCAUGAAAACUAGUUUGGAAAAUGCCGCCUCUUCUCUUUCCAAGUGUCCUGUGAGACAGGGCAGGGAGAGGCUCCAGAGAGGAUCUAGUAACACCAGUGAACCUGCAUCAGUCUCAAAGGAGAUCCCGGAAGAGAAUCUGCACAGUAAUGACACUGACGAAGCAUUUCAAGGGGAAUUUCCAUAUUGCACAGGAGAAAUUGACUUCUUCACUUCUCGAAAGAAAAAAGGAAAGUUUAUUAAGGUCCCUUGUGCCAUCCAUCCUGGAGUCAUAUUUGAUGUCAUGAGUAACAAAUGGAAUCUUCCAGCACCCAACCUGGUUGUCUCUUUGGUCGGAGAAGAAGAAAACUUCCUGAUGAAACCAUGGUUACGUGAUACUUUAAGGAAAGGACUGGUCAAAGCUGCCGAAAGCACCGGUGCAUGGAUAUUCACCAGUGCCUUGCGAGUUGGGAUAACAAAACAGAUCGGGCAAGCAGUCCGGGACCAUAUGUUAGCAAGUACUUCAUCCACAGUAAAAGUAGUUGCAAUAGGAAUAACUUCGUUGGGAAAAAUUCAGCAUAGAGAACUUCUGGAUAAUGUUAAGAAUGGCAGCCUUAUAAGCUACAAACCUGACAAUAAUAUUCAAGGUCCUCCCUAUUCUCUUGACAACCAUCAUUCCCAUUUCAUUUUGGUGGAUGAAAAAGAUCCAACCGAGCCAGAUGCAACCAUGAAGCUACGUCUCACUUUGGAGAAAUACAUAUCCGAGCAGCGCACUGGCUAUGGAGGAACAGGAAGCAUUGAAAUCCCUGUGCUCUGCUUACUUGUGAAUGGAAAACCUAAUAAACUUGAGCGGAUUUAUAGAGGGAUGGAAAAUUCUUCCCCCUGGCUUAUCCUGGCUGGUUCUGGUGGCAUAGCUGACAUCUUAGCUGCUGUAAUGAAUGAGCCCCACUUAAUCGUGCCACAAGUGGUAGAAAAACAACUAAAAGAGAAAUUCCCCACAGAAGAUUUCUUGUGGAAGGACAUUCUUCAGUGGACUGCAAUGAUCCAAAGCAUUAUUGCUCACCAACAGCUUUUAACAGUACAUAACUUUGAACAAGAAGGUUCAGAAGAAUUGGAUACAGUUGUUUUGAAAGCUCUGGUCAAAGCCUGUAAAAGUCAUAGCCAGGAGGCCCAAGAGUACCUGGAUGAACUGAAGCUGGCAGUGGCCUGGAACAGAGUGGAUAUAGCUAAGAGUGAAAUAUUCAAUGGAGAUGUUGAAUGGAAGUCAUGUGACCUAGAAGAAGUGAUGAUGGAUGCCUUGGUGAAUGAUAAGCCAGAAUUUGUCAAGUUAUUUAUAGAUAAUGGGGCAAACAUGCAUGACUUCCUGACAUAUGGCCGGCUUCAGAGACUCUAUUCUACCAUUUCACCCAAGUGCCUCUUGUAUACACUUCUGCUCAAAAAGCAUGAAGAAAACAGACUCACUCUGGCAGGAAUGAGUGGUCAACAGCACAAAGAAACAAUGGAUACAGUCCCACUCUUCACUCUCCAUGAAGUCUCCAGAGUGCUGAAGGAUUUUCUCCAUGAUGCAUGCAGAGGUUUCUAUCAAGACCCUAAGUCAGGUGGCAAGAAAAAAACUGAUAAGAUCAAUGCGAAAAAGUUACCAGCCCCUUUGGAUCUGAAUCAGAGAAGUGAGAAUCCGUGGAGAGAUUUGUUUUUAUGGGCAGUACUUCAAAAUAGGCACAAGAUGGCAUACUACUUCUGGGCUAUGGGCCAGGAGGGUGUAGCUGCAGCCCUGGCUGCUUGUAAAAUCCUGCGAGAGAUGUCCCACCUGGAGACAGAAGCCGAAGUCGUUCGUAGGAUGAAAGAAGCAAAAUAUGAGCAGCUCGCUGUUGAGCUCUUCAGCGAAUGCUACCACAACAGUGAAGAGCGGGCUUUUGCUCUGCUGGUGAGGAAAAACCGGUACUGGAGCAAAACCACGUGCCUCCACUUGGCCACGGAAGCCGACACCAAGUCUUUUUUUGCCCAUGAUGGGGUGCAGGCUUUUCUGACGAAGAUCUGGUGGGGUGACAUGUCAAGGUCCACACCAAUCUUGAGGUUAAUCUGUGGAUUUGGAUGCCCUCUCCUGAUCUAUACUAAUUUCAUAUCAUUCAGUUAUUUUAAGCUUCUACAGUAUUCUGCUCUGCAAAGCCAGGCACAAGCAAUUAGUUUUGCAGUGUUUCGACAGCAGGCAUCUAGGAGCUGGAGUGAGGAACCACACUCAGGGCAGGAGCCAGAAUCAUUUAAUGGUCUUGACAGCCCAGAUACUGAAAAGACAUUGCUUUUUCCCAAGGAAGAGGAAAGGGAAGGUGCGAAAUCAGAAACACAAAUGACUUCUGAAAAUGUAGCGUGUGCUACCUUCAUGUUUACCAGAUGGAAAAAAUUCUCAACGGCCCCUGUUACUGUAUUUAUGGGGAAUGUUAUCAUGUACUUUGCCUUUCUCUUUCUCUUUACUUAUGUCUUGUUGGUGGAUUUCAAGCCUCCUCCUCCAAAAGGUCCGUCCAUACAGGAAAUUGUGCUUUAUUUUUGGGUAUUCACAUUGGUCUUAGAAGAAAUCCGACAAAGUUUUUUCACUGAUGAAGAUACACAUUUAAUGAAAAAAUUCAAGCUGUAUGUAGAAGACAACUGGAACAAGUGUGAUAUGGUGGCUAUCUUCUUAUUCAUCUUUGGAGUCACCUGCAGAAUGUUUAAUUCAACAUUUCAAGAUGGCCGUACAAUACUGGCCAUUGAUUUUAUGGUGUUCACCCUCAGACUGAUUCAUAUUUUUGCCAUUCAUAAGCAACUGGGGCCAAAGAUAAUCAUUGUGGAAAGAAUGAUGAAGGAUGUUUUCUUCUUCCUUUUUUUCCUGAGUGUGUGGCUCAUUGCCUACGGUGUGACCACACAAGCCUUGCUCCAUCCUGAUGACAGCCGAGCUGAAUGGAUCUUCAGAAGGGUGCUCUACCGUCCCUAUCUUCAAAUAUUUGGUCAGAUUCCACUGGAUGAAAUAGAUGCAUCUCGCAUGAAUUUUGGAAACUGUACAUCCAAUCCAGAGGAAAGCCCAUUGGAGAAGUUCUUUUCUUGUCCUAAUGAAUAUGCUAAUUGGCUUGUCAUCGUUCUCUUGGUCGUUUUCCUGCUGGUUACAAACGUGCUGCUUAUGAAUCUCUUAAUUGCCAUGUUCAGUUACACUUUCCAGGUCGUUCAAGGAAAUGCAGACAUCUUUUGGAAAUUUCAGCGCUAUAAUUUGAUUGUCGAAUAUCACGGUCGCCCUGCCUUCCCCCCUCCUUUUAUCAUUAUUGACCACAUUAAGCUGUUUCUUAGAUGCAUUUUUAAGAAGAUGGACCACAAAAAAGAAUAUUUAGAACGAGAUCUGCCAGAAGGCCUGGAUCAAAAAAUCAUAACAUGGGAAAUGCUAGAAAAGGAAAACUACCUGGCAAAUCUGGAAACAAAGAGAAAAGAAAGCAAUGAAGAAAUGCUAAAGAAAAUGGCAGACAAGGUGAACAAUCUUUCAAAGAAUUUUAGUGGUCUGAAAGAACAAGAAAAACGACUUAAAUCACUGGAAUCACAAAUUAGCUACUGCACAGCUAUCCUUUCAUCGAUGGCAGAUACCUUAACCAAGAACAGCUUAUUUUCCAACACACCGACUCUGAACUAUGCGUGUUUCAUAAACACAGGCACAGAACCAACGGCUGCAACAGAAAGCAGUGAAGAUGGUACAAAUCAGUUUGAAGACAACCUGAUGUAUAUUGAUAACUAACCCUCGCAGCAAAUUAAAACAUUUUAUGGGGUUUUAUUUGACUGUUUAGUAUACUUGAGGCUAUCUUCAAUUGUAGAAGAUAUUUUCAUUUAAUGACAAAAGAAAUGCUAUAAUUAUAUACAGCCUGCCUGAAUUUAGCAUGCAUACAGUUUAUUAGUCUUAUGUGCUUUAACUCUGAUGUCAUUGAACCAUCUACUUCUCAGCAGGCUAAGUUAAUUUCUGCUGUUGCUUUAUUUCUUAACUUUGCCCCACACAUACAUUUCCAGGAGUGUGAAAAUUCACUCAUGUUCA